AUGUCGACAACAGCUUAUCGAAGUACUCAUUCAUCAAGAUCAUUUACACGGAAACAUAUUCGAACAUCACCCACUAAUGCUAUUCUUCCAUCCAUGACAAAUGAUCGUACACGAUUUCAAUCACAAACAAAUAAUAUUCCUCCACCGGUACCACGUAUACGUGAAUCAUUAUCAACUAAUUCAAUAACAUCAUCAAAAACUUCAUCAACAAUAACUGCAUCUCCAUCACUUCCAUUUCAAACAUUAUCAUCACCAAAUUCUUCAAAUCAAAAUACAACAAAUCAAAAUUCUAAACAACCAUAUACAUUUAGUAAUCCACCACGUGAACUACAACGACAAUCUAUACAAAAUAUGAAAUAUUUACGUAGUAAUCAUUUACGUCAACGUGUUUCAUCAGCACCAGAUGAAAAUUCAUCUCAAAAUUCUCCACGUUCAAUUAUAAAUCAACAAAAACCAUCAUCAGCUAAUGAAUCAUCAACACCACGUUCACAUGAUGAUCAUCAUAUUCAACAAUUACCGACAAAUCAUGUAUUAAAACGUGAUGAACAACAAAAAUGUUCAUUAAAUGCUUUAAUUAAAGAACAAGAACGAUCAAAAGUUCCUAAAGCCGUACAAAAACGACGAAUUAUUUUAUUAUUUCGUCGUUUACCACCAUCAACAUCACCAUUAAUAUCACCAAGACAAUUACAAAAUUCUUCACCAAUUAAACCAGAUAUAAUUUCAAAUGAUAUACAUCAACGAGAUAAAAAGAUUGAAGAUGAAAUUCAAUAUUUUACAAAUAAUACAAGUGAAAAAUUUUCUUA